AUCAAGUACAAUAGGUGUAUGUAAAAUUAUACUUGUUCAUACUGUAUAUUAGUGGGAGCAUACCAGAUUGCAUUUGAAUCGUUUCUAUUACAUGCCCUGGAUGGUUAGAAUACUCCUAAUUUAAAUACAUUUAGUGUUUGUUUUAAAAAGCCAAAAUGAGUAAAAAUUGGAAACCACUGUCUAGUGAAUUUGAAGCGGGAGUACGAGGCUUAAACCUAGGUGAACUUCACGAAGAUUCAAAACUGACAUCAACGCGGGCUCACUAUAACCAUGAAAUCGAGCGCCCUCUGGUGGAGCCCAUUUAUACUGCGUCGACGUACAGAAGCGAAUCAGUGGACCAUUACUUGGAUAUACUAGGAGAGCAGGGAGGAUACAUCUAUUCCCGAUUGGGUAAUCCAACCACAGAUGCCGUGGAGUGUGCUUUAAAUGCAGUUGAGGGCGGGGCCGGGUGUAUAGCCUUUAAUAGUGGGAUGGCAGCCAUAUCUACAGCUUUAACGCUCUUCUUGAAAUCAGGGGAUCACAUGAUCAUCCAUAGCCCAGUCUACAGUGGCACCCACAAGUUCCUGUCUAAGUACUUAUCUCCUAAUUACAAUGUUGAAGUCACUUGGAUACCAGCAGGUAGUUCAGUAGAUGUCUACAGGAAUAAUGUCAAAGAUAAUACUAAGAUUUUAUAUGCUGAGACACCAUGUAAUCCGAACAUGGACAUCAUCGACCUCACAGAGUUAGCAGCACUAGGGAAAGAGAAGGGAAUUAUGACGUUCGUUGAUAAUACAUUUGCUAGUCCUGUUUGCCAAAAGCCCAUCAGUCUAGGAAUCGAUAUUGUAAUGGAGAGCUGCACAAAAUACUUGGGCGGACACAGUGAUUUGAUGGCUGGAUUGGUGUGCACGAAGACACUGGAGAAUUGGCAAAAACUUAAAGUUUACGCUACUACGCUUGGAGUUACAUUGAAUCCCUUCGAUUCGCAUUUAUUGAACCGUGGCCUGAAGACACUACACGUGAGGGUGGAGAGACAUAACUUCAACGCACAGAAACUGGCUGAGUUUUUAGAGGCACAUCCUAAGGUAUCACGAGUAUACUACCCUGGUCUUAAGUCGCAUGGCCAGCACGCCAUUGCAUGCAAACAAAUGUCAGGAUUCGGAGGCAUGAUCACAUUUGAACUGAAAGGAGGACUUGAAGCCGGGAAAACGUUUGUAACAAGUGUACAACUUAUGGAGCUCGCGGUGUCGCUUGGCGGGACGCAGUCUCUCCUCAACCAUGCUGCUAGCAUGACUCACGGCCCAAUGGUGAUGAGCGAUAAGGAGCGGGAAGAGGCUAGAAUAACCCCAGGGCUCAUCAGAUUCAGUGUUGGACUGGAGAACGUCGAGGAUCUUAAGAAAGACUUGUCUCAGGCAUUAGAGAAAUGUUGACAUUAAAGCACUCCGCUUGGUUGAAAUUGAACAUGGAGUACUAUUCGUCAAAAGCCGAUUUGCAAAACAUUGGAAUGUACGUCACACAUAACACUGUCUCGAUCAGCGUUAGAACUUUGAAUUGUGUAUCAUGUCAUAUGAUGGAUAAAAUAAACUUUCUAAGGAAACAAAGCCAUGUUAAAUCUUAAAGCCACUGAGUGAACAAUAUCGCAUAGUAUCUUUUAUAAUCUAGGCAAUGUUGUGCACAGCAAGUUUACGCUUUUAAAUAGGAUACUGUCGAAAAGGUGCAUCAUCAUAUUUUGGAUUGUUUUAAUCAUUGAAAUUGGAAUGUUCCCUUGUGUCAUCUAUUUCCAUUCAUGACUCCACACAUUGUCUGAUUUCUCAUAGUUGGUACUUUUUGAUAAUUUUCAUAUAAUAAAUUCUCUAUAGAAAAAAUGUUUCAUGACAUUCUGGA